AUGGCUGCCGCAGCACCAUCACCGCUGGCCAGUUCUGUGGAGAAGACAAAUGGAGCCAAGCUCAGCAGGCUUCUUAUCGACGGUGGAACAACAGUUCUUAGGAAGAUUUUUGAUGGUCAUCAUCCUCCUGCAAACUUGAUUACUGACUUAAAUGCUAAUUACUCCAUUCUAAACAAUCUCUUACGUCGUCGAGUUCUAAAUGGCCAUCAGUGGGACAAACUAUUUCCACCUUGUGGAGUCGCACCAGACUCCAACACCUUUGACAUCACUCUUCUGUUUCUCCUUCUGACCAACAUUUGUGGAUUGACCCCUCCCCCCUCAGGAUGGCACACUUAA